GAGAAGGAGAAGAAGUACAUGCUGCAGGUGGACAACCUGAAGCUGCGCGAUGUGGAGAAAGGCUUCAUGUCCAGCAAGCACAUCUUUGCCCUCUUCAACACUGAACAGAGGAAUGUGUAUAAGGACUACCGUCAGCUGGAGCUGGCCUGUGAGACUCAGGAAGACAUUGAUGCUUGGAAGGCCUCCUUCCUCAGAGCUGGAGUUUAUCCUGAACGGGUCACGAGUGACGGUGGUGAUGAAAAUGGCUCUGAUAACAUAAUGCACAGCAUGGACCCUCAGUUGGAGCGCCAGGUGGAAACCAUUCGUAACCUUGUUGACUCCUACAUGGCCAUCGUCAACAAAACUGUCCGUGACUUGAUGCCCAAGACCAUCAUGCACCUCAUGAUUAACAAUACUAAGGAGUUCAUUAACGCAGACCUGCUGGCCCAGCUGUACUCGUGCGGCGACCAGAACACGCUGAUGGAGGAGUCUCAGGAGCAAGCCAUGCACCGUGAUGAGAUGCUGCGGAUGUACCACGCCCUGCGGGAGGCCCUCAGCAUCAUCGGUGACAUCAGCACAUCCACCAUAAGCACCGCCAUGCCACCUCCUGUGGAUGACUCCUGGCUGCAAGUGCAGCGGGGCGGUUCUGGAGGAAG